GUUGUGUCUAGCGUGAUACCGUCUUGCGAACAAUACAGUUGCAGAGAUGGCUAAAGGUGACCCAAAGAAGCCAAAAGGCAAAAUGUCUGCUUAUGCCUUUUUUGUACAAACAUGCCGUGAAGAACAUAAGAAAAAAAAUCCUGAAGUUCCUGUCAAUUUUGCAGAAUUUUCAAAGAAGUGUUCAGAAAGAUGGAAGAAUAUGUCUGGGAAGGAAAAAUCCAAGUUUGAUGAAAUGGCAAAGGCUGAUAAGUUGCGCUAUGACAGGGAAAUGAAGGAUUAUGGACCAGCUAAAGGAGGGAAAAAAAAAAAGGAUCCUAAUGCUCCCAAACGCCCUCCGUCUGGCUUCUUCCUAUUCUGUUCAGAAUUUCGUCCCAAAAUAAAAUCUACCAACCCUGGGAUAUCCAUUGGAGAUGUAGCAAAAAAACUUGGUGAGAUGUGGAAUAAUCUGAGUGAUAAUGAAAAGCAGCCAUACAACAAUAAAGCAGCAAAACUGAAGGAAAAAUAUGAAAAGGAUGUUGCUGAUUACAAGUCCAAAGGAAAGUUUGAUAGUGUAAAGGGAACAGCAAAAGCUUCCCGGAAAAAGGUGGAAGAGGAGGAGGAGGAGGAGGAGGAGGAGGAAGAAGAAGAAGAA